UUGUGGGAUACGGUAUCGACUGACAACAAUGUAAACUAUUUGACACCGAGUUAUCGUAGUGAAACAGUAUUCUCGGUAUAUGUUUUAUAUAGGAUUUUGCAGUCAGUCAGUAUUUUAUUUUAAUAUUGCAAACUCUGGAUUCAAACAAAGGACGACGUGGAAAGGCUAUAAUGCCUCAAAGUGAGAGCGAAAUGGAGGAAUUGGACGAGGCGCAACUUGAAGAAUUAUACACAUGGAUCGAUGAGAUACAAUUGUCACGACCAAAACGAAACAUGAAUAGAGAUUUCUCUGAUGGAGUGCUAGUUGCUGAAGUUGUGAAACAUUAUCUGCCACAUUUUGUUGAUCUCCAUAACUACCCACCAGCCAACUCGACACAGCAGAAAUUGUCCAACUGGUUCAUGUUAAACAGGAAGGUGUUUGACAAGAUGAACUUCCAGCUGUCGGAUGACGUGAUCCGCAGUGUGUCAGGUUGCAAGCCAGGGGUCAUAGAGAAGGUCAUGUUAAUGGUGAGGACGAAGAUCGACCUUGCCAGACAUCAGAUGCAGAAGAACAAGCAGAUGGCGGGCAUGAUGGGGGUCGGACCGGGACGCAGCUCCCCCGACUCAGCAGUGACAAGCCCGAGGUGGACCAGAACAUGGCCAUGUUGCCACAAGCUGUCCGCCUCCCCAAGGCCAAGACAGGUCCGGGUGUGGCAGCCAAUGCUGGGCCGUACAAGGGGUCGAAGGGCAAAGGUUUCAUGGACAAUGAUGUUGUCCCUCGAAUCUUACUGGAGGAAAGAACAGGAAUGUUUGGCCAAAGACGAAACGAUACAGAUACUUCAGGCCAAAGUACGCCGCCUCGAGCAUCUGAUUCACCUGAAGGACAUCCGCAUCGACGACCUGCAGAACAAGAUUGAGGCCACACGGCCCACGGGGCGGAGAUGAGGUUGGCCCCAGCUGAGGACAGUUCCACAGUUCUACUUGUCACAUGGGAGUGGGUGGGGCAGGGGGUGGGGGGUCAUACGUUGAUAUCUGAUUUUAAAGAUUUUCUGUUAAAUAUGUAUUUUAGUUGUUAAGAGCACAUUGGUCACUUAGAUGAGUAAAUUUGGGGUGCACCCUCUGUAGAUAUGUGUAAUCCUCAUUACAGUUGUUGGCGGUCUGGGACAGAGUUGUCUCCCCUGUGUUCCUGCGGGGUAAUCUCAGACAUUUCUUCACUGUUCUUUACUCACUGAAGAGUAGUGACAAAUGUUAUAUUUUUAUAUGAUGGCACCACAGUUGGAACUCAAUUGUCUCCCCUAUUUUAAACAUAUUAGAUCAUAGAUUUGUUAUGGAAGAAAUGUUCAUCUUAGUCAUAUUGGGAUUGUUAGUUUUAUCAGAUACGCAUUUAUCUAGAAUAUCUGUAAUAUUCAUUGUGAAAUAUGAAGGAAUAUUUUGAGUAGGUUUGUAUUUUUGCAAACCUAUGAAGAAUUGUGUGUGAACAACUAUUAUUUGAAUAUGAAAUGACAAUGAUAAUAUUUUUUCAUCAUGAGACAUUCCAAAUGAUAUUGAAGAUAUAUAUGUAGAAAUUGUUGAUAUUUUUUGGAAAAUGAGUCAGUAAUUCUUUUCUAAAUAUGAACUAUAUUUCUGUAAACAAUGAAAUGUGACAGAUCUUGUACUGGGAUAAUAAUGCCAAUAGUCAUUAUGAUUUUCAAAUGAUGGGUUUUGUAUUUUAUAUAGGUUCCUUAAACGUUUGUAAAUGAAUAAUUUGAAUUGAAUUGAAAUGAAGAAUUGUAAGAUGUGUAGAAGUAUUUUGUAAUGGUUUGAGUACUUGCCAGUGUGUUGAACAGACCUAUACAUAGCAAGAUGAGACAACAUUUCAACUGUUUAUUUUUAGCAGUGUAACUGACUCGGCAUUUUGUAUUGAUCUGAUUGGCUGGUGACCAAUCACAGACAACCAAUCAAUUUGUUCACCGGAACAAUUUAGGAGAAUGCAACUAACACAAGUGUUUUGUUGUUUGACUACUUGACAAUAGCGACCACAAUGGCCCAGUAUAAUUUUGUAUUAACUGCUGAUUUGCCUGCAUUUUCUCCUCUGAUCGUUUCUGCUCGUUUAUAUCCAUGCUGUUUUAUGGAACAUUCAUAUAAAAAGUCACUUCAGAUAAAAUACAAAUAUGCUGACACUUUCUGACUUAAUGGGUAAAUGGCAAAUUAAUCUGUCAAAUGAAAAUGUACGAUGUUUUCUUUAAAUUUCAACCUGAGCUUAAAAUAUUUUUACGAUUGAACUAAUAAUAAAUCCAUAUUGAUUUCAUGUAUUGACACAUUGACUGCCACGUAAAUAUAAUGGUGUUCGUGUUUGUCUGUGGUAUGUAGACAUUUAGUAACAACACAGGUUGCCAGCAACUGUUUGUCAUCUGGGAUCAAAUUAUUGCAAUAUGAACAUGUGUUGUUGGUUGUUUUAUUCAUCCUGGCCAAUAUAUUAAUUUGUUUUUAUAUUCAUUCCAUUGUGUCUGUGUUAUUUUAACUAUAUGAGAUGUAUUUUUUAAUUUAUUUAUAUAUUUACAGUGACAUUCUGAAAUGGUUUUGUGUCUGAAUGCUUUGUCUCACAUGUUUGUGUAUGAAGUUCUCUUUAAAUGAAAGACUUGAUGAUGUCCUAGACAGAAAUUGAAAAAAUCAAGUUUACUGUGUAGGGACUCAAGGCAAUAAUAAAUUUUAACUUUCAAAUUAAAAUUCAGGAGAGCCCUCAUUUUAUGGGAUAAGUUUAUCAAAAGAAUAAACUAAUGCUGAAGUAAUUUUUAAAAAAAUCAUUUGAUUCUAUUAUUUGUUAAAACAUUUAUUUCAAUCUUUUUUCAAAAAUGAUCUCGAAUCAACCAGGGCAAUGAUAUAUUUUAUAUAUGUAUCCUGUCAUGACAGGCAGACCAAAAAAACCCAAAACAAACCUAAAACAUUAGACAACAGAUUAGUAUGGUCAGGCCUGAGAACAUGAAAAUGUUUCUGUAUUAGGUUACAGACCCCAUGGCCUAUACUCUAGUCACACUGUAUUAAACAAGUCUUGGAUGAUAGGAGAGAAUUGCGUUGGGCAGAACAUCUACAUGACCAAGAACUGGACUAACCACUAGGAUGGAAGAGUGGAUUCAUACCUGUUUACAAUAGCAGCAUUUAGUUGUACUCGGUAGUAUACUUUCAUAGCCCAUCAUUAUCAAUAUAUUCACCAAUAAAAUGAUGCUGUCUUUUUUA